ACCGCGGCAAAACGUAUCCUCAGUGUUUCGAAGAUUGUCGUCUCUAGUCACAGAAAUGCUUAACAGUUUGCCAAUCCAACCCAUAAUGCAUCAGCAAUGGAUUUAAACCAAAUCCAAAUCGCUUUGCGAUGUUGCUUACGCUUUCGAGCAAUUAAAAAUGCUAAAUCACUCCAUUCUUACAUAAUUAAAUCCGGCCAUUGUAAUCACGUUUUUCUCUUAAAUAACAUGAUCUCUGUUUACGCUAAGUGUUACAGUUUCAAUGAUGCACGUAACCUGUUCGACGAAAUGCCUCACAGAAACAUAAUUUCUUGGACAACGAUGGUCUCUGCAUUAACCAAUUCUGGCAGACCCCGUGAAGCUCUAGCGCUCUAUAACGAGAUGUUACAAUCCAAAACAGAACAGCCCAAUCAGUUCUUGUACUCCGCGGUUCUUAAAGCGUGUGGUCUUACGGGAGAUGUUGGAUUGGGCAAGCUGGUUCAUUACCAUAUAUUUCAAUCUAAGUUGAAUAUUGAUACUGUUCUGAUGAAUGCCCUCUUGGACAUGUACGUUAAAUGUGGGAGCUUGAGGGAAGCUCAACAAGUGUUCGAUGAAAUCCCGUGUAAAAAUAAUGCUACGUCGUGGAACACUCUCAUUCUGGGACAUGCUAAACUAGGUUUGAUUGACGAUGCGAUGAAACUGUUUGAUAAAAUACCGGAACCGGAUGUUGUAUCUUGGAAUAGUAUUAUUGCUGGCCUUGUAGAUAAUGAUAGUCCCCAUGCGUUGCAAUUUGUUUCUAUGAUGCAUGUGAAAGGCCUUAAACUGGAUGAAUUCACAUUGCCAAAUGCUCUCAAAGCUUGUGGUCUUGGUGGUGAGUUAAUGUUUGGGAGACAGAUUCAUUGUUAUGUUAUUAAGAUAGGGCUUGAGUGUAGCUGCUAUUGUAUAUCGACGUUGAUUGAUAUGUAUUCGAAUUGCAAGUUUUUGGGCGAAGCAGUGAAGAUUUUUGAUCAAUUCUUUGGGAGCUCUCCUGUUUCUGAAAGCUCGGCGCUUUGGAAUUCAAUGAUUUCUGGGUAUAUUGCCAAUGGAGAUUAUGCUGAGGCUCUCAGUAUGAUUUCUCAUAUGCAUCGUUCUGGUGUACACUUUGAUUUUCAUACCUUUAGUAUUGCUUUAAAGAUAUGCAUUUACUUGGAUAACUCAAGUUUGGCAUCCGAAGUGCACGGAUUGGUCAUCACUAGUGGCUAUGAGUUAGAUUUUGUUGUCGGGAGCAUUCUUAUUGAUCUAUAUUCAAAACAGGGCAAUAUUGACAAUGCAUUAAGACUGUUUGAGAGGUUGCCGGAUAAAGAUGUUGUGGCUUGGUCUAGUUUGAUUGCCGGUUGCGCUGGCUUUGGUUCAGAUAAGUUAGCUUUUUCCCUUUUCAUGGAUAUGAUAUAUUUGGGUCUUCAGAUUGACCAUUUUGUCAUCUCAAUUGUUCUGAAAGCUUGUUCAAGUAUGGCAUCUAACCAACGUGGCAAGCAAGUUCACACUUUAUGUAUUAAGAAGGGGUAUGAAUCAGAGAGAGUAAUUUCAACUGCUCUAAUUGAUAUGUAUGCAAAAUGUGGUGACAUUGAGGAUGCCUUAGCUUUGUUUGGUUGUCUGUCAGAAAUCGAUACCAUGAGUUGGACUGGUAUAAUUGUGGGAUGUGCUCAAAAUGGAAGAGCUAACGAGGCAAUUAGUCUUCUGCUUAAGAUGAUAGAAUCUGGUACAAAGCCAAACAAAAUCACCAUUCUAGGUGUUCUUACUGCUUGUAGACAUGCUGGCCUAGUUGAAGAGGCAUGGGCUGUGUUUAAUUCUAUUGAAACAAAACAUGGAUUGAUACCAUCCCCAGAACAUUACAAUUGUAUGGUCGAUAUUCUUGGUCAAGCUGGACGUUUUGAAGAAGCAGAAAAAUUGAUUAGUGAAAUGCCAUUUAAGCCCGACAAAACUUUAUGGUCUUCCUUGCUUGGUGCCUGUGGAACUUACAAAAACCGGCAUCUUGCAAACAUUGUUGCUGAGCAUCUCCUUGCUACCUCGCCAGAAGAUGUUUCUGUAUACAUAAUGCUGUCAAAUGUUUAUGCAUCUCUUGGAAUGUGGGAUAGUUUAAGCAAAGUCAGAGAAGCCGUCAAAAAAAUAGGCAAAAAAGGAGCUGGGAAAAGCUGGAUUGAGAUCUCAAGUUGAGAAUGCUGGUUUGGCGUAUAGCUUAAUACGUGAGAUAUUUCCAGACAAGUCGCAGAUUAUUCUAGCUUAUAAGGAAUGACAUGAUUGAACCUUGAAUUCGAAGGAAGUCUUCAUGUUUUGGUAAUAGCACAGAACUAUCAAUCAUCUCAUUUCUACUGGACAUAUACAUAAGUUUUCUAUGAAAUCCAAUGUAAAGGUUCUACUUCAUGGAACACCUUGAUUCUAGGACAUGCUAAACACGGUUUUAUUGGUGGUGUGCUGAAAGUCUGAAACCGAUUUACCAAAUAGUGGAAGCAGGUCUUGUACCACCAUUGCUGGUCAUGCGGAUGAUGCUGGUCCACAUGAAUUGCAAUUUGUUUCAUGAUGCUCACAAAGGGCCUAAUAUUUCCGGACAAGCUUGUUUCAUCUGAAUCCAGUAGUUCAAUCUGAAAAGCUUGUAAUACAUACAUGCUAUUCCCAUGAGGAUUCGGUUUCACACAUCCAGUUUUUGCAUCACCCAUCAAAAGAUGAAAAGAAGUCAUCGGGUAUUAGCCAUCUCUUAGUUUGGUUGAGAAGCUCGUCAUGUGGUGAGAAUGGUGUAUUUUAUUAUUUGUUAUGCCUAUUGAUGGUGAAUUGUCUUAACAAAUAUAUUUAUAAAAUCAAUUUAACAUAUGAUUGAGGGACUCAAGUAUCUACUAUUUAUGUCACACUUUGUUUAUUUUAUUCAUUUGAAAAUAAGAGAACAUUUGUAUGCAUGUUUACCUAAAACUGGAAGGUGGGACAUUGCAGAAGAAGUCUGUAGUAGAUUGGAAGAUAUUAGUCUGAUAACUGAGAUGUACUGGUUUAGGACUUGUAUCCUCUGCUACAAAACCCUGUGCAGCUCCCUCUACUACUCUCUCCUCAUUUUAUUUGCCGAGUGUAGGGAUCCUCAUCCCAUUUUAUCUCAGUUUCCUCUCUCUUCUUUCACACUUGUUUUCCCUGGUGCAGGGGCAGCACAACAAAAGUAUAGUUUCCUUUGGUUUGUAAAAUAAAUCUCUAUUUGAAGCAUUGGAAAUAUGGACCAAGGCUUAAAAUAUGAAUGUGGAAUUUGAGAAAUAUUUGUUGGUUAUAUGGUUUCCGUCGUUUUAGCUCCAAAACUUUACGACUCUCAUGCUAAUAUUUUAUGAAUAGACUUUAAAGAUAUUUGGAUGUUUUUUUUAAUAGUCGCUUUAUCUGUUAAUUUAUUUUAGUUAAAUACAAUUACUUGUCCAUGUGCAUGUACAAGUAAUUUAAGAAUAUAGCAGAUAAGAGUAUUGAAGUUGGUAUCUACACUAGGGAUGUCAAUAGGGCGGGCGGGGGCGGAGAAUAUAUUCUCAUCACAAUCCCCGCCCUCGAAUCUAUUCCCCAUCCCCGUUUCGGAUCCCCGCUACAGGGGGAUUUUGUCUCCCAUCCCCGUCCCCGUGGAUUCCCUGGAUCCCCGCGGAUCCUCAAGGUUCAUGCGGAUAUCCAUAAACAUGAUUUUUUUUAUUUAUUAUUUUAAACCAAAUUAAUAGUAAAAGCGUAAAAAACUAACCACAAGAAAUUUAGAAAUUAUUUUUUAUGAUAAAUAUAUUGUUUUAGUAAUAUUUAAUCUAUAAUAUUGAGUGUUAUGACCACCAAAAUUCAAACUAAAAAAUUGAAAUAAUCAUUUAGUUUUCACUCUUUUACUAUAACAAUACAUAUAUAUUUCAAAUUUGUGUAUAUGAUUAAUUAUAUGAAAUGACAAAUAAACUUACCUAAUAAUUUAAAAUUGUAUAUAAAUUAAUGACAAUUAUGCUAUUUUAGGCGGGGCGGGGGAUAUUUACGCCACCCCCGUCUACGAAGUGCCUUUGGAGAGACUUUGUUCUCCAUCCCUGUCCCCGCGGGAGAAAAAUUCUCCGUCUUUGGGGUCCCAAAAAGGGAAUCCCCGCUAAUAAAGGCAAGUUGACAUCGCUAAUCUACACAAGUAUGAGUCAUGACAUGGUUUUUAUUUAUUUAUUUAACUCUUGGUAUGAAAAUUGACAAUAGAACUCUAGAUCAUUGAUUAACACACAUUUUGUUUUUUCAUGGUUAUUACAGGUUGAGCCUCCACUAUGGAAGCAAGAAAUCAUGGUGGGGUGGUUGCAAACUCCUUGAGUAUGUUUACAACUUUUAUAUUAUUAGAAGGGAAAUUUGAUUACACUGUCAGAGGAAAGCAGUUAUAAAACACCGCUCCUGGUUUGACAUGCUACAAUAUUUCAAAACCACAGAUAAUUUGUUAUGUUUUCAUCAUUAUGUUUCUGUACUCUGACAGUCACUCCAUUUGUACGAAAAGUUUAGAAAAAAGUGGGUCACUUUCGCAGGGACUUUGACGUUAUGUAUCAACCUUGGCCUUAAAUGGAGCUGUAUCUUGGAGUAUUAUCUUUGAUCUUUUCAAGCCAUAUGCUGUUAGAAACAAGUUAAACCAAAACCUUAUUGUUUUAAAGCCAUGGUUUGGGAGCACCUAAAUUAGGAAGAGCAAGCUAUGUGUAUUCUUGGCAAGCCAGUUUAUAACCUUAUUACUACAAACAUAAGGACUUGUGUGGGUGGGCCCAGUGGUGGACCCCACAUUAACAUUAUAAUCACUGUUAGCUGCAUGCCUCCAUAAGGCCUAGUCAUUGUUGUGCAACGUCACCAUCUCAUUCAUGCAAGUAGGUGCUAGUGACAGUUUCUUAAAUCCAUUCCAUAGAAUUUCCACUCUUAUUGCUCAUGCUUCGUUUACACUUUUCUAUCAUUGCACCCACAUUACCUUGCUCUUCUACUCUGUCUUUACUCUGACUUCCUACUGUACUAAUAGCUUUCUUUUUUGUUUCCAUCUUCACAACCAUGACAUGCCAUCUUGUGAUUCCUUCACACUUUUCAGUAUAACUAUCGUUGCACAAAGUCCAAAAAUUUGCCGGGUAACUCCCACGCCAAAAUUCCUUUUCCCACUCUCUUUUCGCGCCUUCUAUAGUUAGCUAUGAUGAAAACAUAAAUGGUGGCAUUAUAUGCUAACGUGGCUUCUUAUUGAUACUUAAGCUUACUUUUAUAUGUAAAAGAUAAACAAUUAUAGGUGGGUUUUAUAUUCACCGCAAUUUUCGUAUUAAAUUAAACCCAUGCUUAGUUUUUCUAAACUUUGGAUUUACAUAUGUAGAAUGAGUACAAAACAAGAGUCAAUUAGAAGUAUGACUUGUCCCGGAUUUGAU